AACAAGAACUGCUCAGGAAAAUGACAUUCUAUUGGACUGUUUGACAAAGUGUUUGAUGAUAUCUUCAGAUAUGUUAACUUGAAUCUUAACAUGAAGAUGAUACUUCUUGAAUGUAACCAGAUCAGACAGGCAACAGAUCUUCUAGAGGGUUUAAUUCCCAAAAGAGAUGACAAAGGAAACCUACCAGGCUCCCAUUUAGAAAAACUGUUCAUUUUUGCCUUAAUGUGGAGCUUAGGAGCACUGUUGGAACUAGAGGAUCGUGCCAAGAUGGAACAUUUCAUUGUGAAUGAUUGUGAAAAAUUAUCCUUGCCUCCAGUAAAAGAUGAUGAAACCAUUUUUGAGUACUUGGUUGAUGAGAAAGGGGAAUGGUUACAUUGGAUGCAUAGAGUAGAGGAGUAUAUCUAUGCAUCAGAUUAUGUUCCAGAGUUCAGUUCAAUUCUAGUACCAAAUGUGGACAAUGUCAGAACAAACUUUCUCAUUGAUACUAUUGCAAAGCAGUACAAG